AAUAACAUUAUAAAUAGGGCUGUGUUCAGUAUGCUGCAAACCCAGUUACUCUCUCUCUCUCUCCCCCACCCCAUCUCUCUCCUCCUCCUGCUUCUCUUCCCACCACACUUAAUUCCAGAUCUGACCAUGAAGGGGUCAGGCUUCUUCCUCGGUGUCCUCAGCCUGCUGGCAUGUCUUGUCUCCACCACGCAGGCAUGUCCCCCCAGCUGCCACUGCCACGGCGGAGACCUGCAGCACGUCAUCUGUGACAACGCAGGGCUGAAGAAGAUCCCCAAGGUGCCCGAGCAGACACGGCUCCUCAACCUGCAGAAGAACAACUUCCCCAUCCUGCCAACCAACGGCUUCCGUGACAUGAAAAAGCUGGUGUCCCUGCACCUCCAGAGCUCACGGAUCAAGGAGAUCUCCACCGGAGCCUUCCGGGGGCUCAAGAGCCUGGUCUACCUCUAUCUCACUGACAACCAGAUCAGUGUCAUAAAGCCAGGAGCCUUCGAUGAUCUCUCUGAUCUCACCUACUUGUACCUGGACAAGAACAAGAUCCCAGACCUAUCCAAAGGGCUCCUCUCCCCUCUUGUCAACCUCUUCAUCCUACACUUGGGCAGCAAUAAAAUCCGGGAGCUGAAACCAGGGGUCUUCAAUGGGGCUAAAGAUCUGCGCUGGCUCUUCCUCUCUGACAACUCCCUCACCAACCUCCUACCUGGGGCCAUGGAGGAUGUAGAAAACCUCGCUGUCCUCCACCUGGACAAGAACCAGCUGAGCAGCUACCCUGUGAAUGCAAUGAGUAAGCUGAGAGUGCUGGAGGAACUGAAACUUUCUCAUAACCCAAUUGAGGUCAUCCCUGACAACGCCUUCCAGUCCUUCGGGCGAUACCUGCAGACACUCCACCUGGACAACAUGAAACUGAAGAAGUUUGCAGACAACGCGUUUGCCGGCGUGACCGUGCUGAAAACCAUCCACCUGGAGAACAACCGGCUCACCCAGCUGCCCCGAAACUUCCCUUUUGACAAAAUGGAGAUGCUGACGAUCUCCCAAAACCCCUGGCACUGCAACUGCCAGCUGGCACCUCUGCGCAAGUGGCUGAAGGGCAACCGCACCCGUGCUGAGGACACCUGCUCCACACCAGCGCAGUACCGGGGACAGCCCAUCAGGGACACUCCGGCCCUCCGCUCCUGCAAGCUGCCCACCAAGAGGUCCAGGAAGGGGAGCCGCCAUUAAACACGCUCCAGCAUGGCCCGUCCUGGUGACCGGUCACUUCAACCAUCAGAAAACUACUGACUUCCGAGUCCUUCCUUGAGCUUCUCCUACCUGUCAGGAAACACUUCUAAUGUAUCUGAACACCUCCAGCCUCUUCCGAAUCCCUGCUUCUCUGCUGAUCACAAGGAUGGAAUCCACCUUCUCAAUCUUUUCUGACAUCUAUGUAUUUUAAAAGAGGCCUUUUAAAAAACUAAACUAUGCAUGACCAUACUAAGACAAGCUAAGCUAGAUCCUGCCAGUAAAACACAGUCAUCUUUCCCAGAAGAAACAUAACCCAUGUCCCUGAUCAAACAGCUGGUCACUGUCUCUCCCAUUCCAGAGGAGAAGGAGCAAGUGGGAAGGUAGGAGCAUCUCUCCCCCAGCUGCUUGAUAAGGAAAAUUGAUCUCAACCCAUGCAAAGAGACUCCCCUGCCUUCCCAUGGAGGGGACCCCUGCAGGCCAGGGCUGAGGGGACGGAUGAAGCAGUUACCAAGAGCCGGUGGCCCCGAGGCAACAAUCUCCCAAAAUUGGCCAGAAAUCCUUUAUGGGAAGCAGUACUGGGAACCCCCAGAACUGGAGCCAUCUGAAGACUGGAUUCCCUCCCACUCUGUGGGGUCACCAAGACGUCCAAGAGGAGAAGGUGUGCACGGUGCAGUUGGCUUGGGCACCCCUCCUCUCCUCCCCACCCAUACUCCAGAGGAUCUAGCAGCACACCAGGGUGACUGUGGUUUAUUGUCAUGGCUAUCACAAUGCCACAGUUGCAACUCAACUAUGUUUUUUAAUCCUGAGGAGUUAUAUAAAUAUAUGUCUAUUUAUUCCUCUGUAACUGAGUGUAAAUGACCUUUAAGAGGGUGAAAACUCCUCUGCCUCCUAUAUAGAAAUCGAAUUGUAUAUUUUCUUAUGUACAUCUUCUGUAUAAAGCUCUUGCUGCAAAGAUGAA